ACACGGAUCAUCUCUCUCUUCUCCGCUAGCGGCCAGCCUCGCUGACGAACCCGCCUCCGGCCUCUGCUUCCGCCUUCCGCCGGUCGGAGCACGCCAGCUACUUCGAAGGCCCUCGCACUCUCCUGCGUUGCCACUCCCUUAUGGUGCCGGAUUGGCGCGGACUGGAGAUCCAUCCCGACUUGGAAUUGACCCCUUUUCCUGAUUUUGAGAUUAAACUCCAGAAGUUCAGCUAGGCGCGCAUAACAUUUACCUGUUGCUUAACUAUGGAUAACUCUCAGAAUCAACCAUUACCACCUGGUGUUGGAACAUGGCCACAGGCACCUCCCAAUCACCCGCCACAGUUCCAUUCUGACCCACAGUCUUAUCAUCCUCCAUUUGACACUAGACCUGACGAUGCUAGUGCCAACGGUAGUGAUAGUGCAGCAAAUAUUGAGUCAGCUGUCCAAGAGGCUGUUCUUCAUGCACAGGACGUUGAGACCCAGCAAGUCAUACAAAACCAAAGACAUGCAAACACAACAAGUGAACCUACAGCGUAUGGGGAAGACUUACUCUCGAACCGCCGUGAUCCUAAUGCAUUGAAGGAACACUUACUAAAGAUGACAGCUGAUCAUCGUGCAGAGAUGGCAAACAAAAGGGGGAAGCCACUUCAUCCAAGCAAUGGAAAUGUUGAAAUUGGCAAUGGCUAUGGUGUACCAGGAGGGGGUGCUUAUUAUGCUGCAAACUUGCCUAGUACUCAAAUGAACAAACCAAGAGAUGAGUCUGAUAAAGCAAAAUGUGGAAACGAUCUCCCUGAUUUUUUGAAGCAGAGGUUAAGGGCAAGGGGAAUUCUCAAAGAUGAGACAACAAAUAAGAAUAGCACGGGUACACAGAAUGCGGAUUCUCAAGAAAACUGGAACAAAUCUGCGCAUGAGUUGCCUCCUGGUUGGGUUGAAGCAAAGGACCCGACAACCGGUGCUCCUUAUUUCUACAAUCAAAGCACCGGAGUGAGUCAAUGGGAUCGUCCCGGUGGUGCUGUGAACACCAUGCAACAUCAAGUUUCUUCAUCCUUGCCAGAGAAUUGGGAGGAGGCAAUUGACGAAACAACAGGCCACAAAUACUAUUAUAAUACAAAGACACAAGCCACACAGUGGGAGCCUCCUAUUUCUGUGAACACCAUUGUUACACCUCAUGCUCCCUCCAACACUGCAGUAGAGCCAGUCUCUCAAACUGCAGAUAUUUGGGACUCUCAAAUGCAGAGAUGUUCGGGCUGUGGUGGAUGGGGAGUUGGUCUUGUCCAGUCUUGGGGAUACUGCAAUCACUGCACAAGGGUUCAAAACCUUCCUUUUCAACCGUAUCCAUCUUACACAAACAAUACGGCGCACUCUGGUAACAGUGCUACCAGAACUCAGGGAAAUGCUGCAGCUAAGGACAGAUCAAGCUCAAAACCCCCCUCUGGGAAACCAAACAGAAAAGAUCACCGCAAAAGAAAUCGCCCCGAGGAUGAUGAGCUUGACCCGAUGGACCCAAGUUCUUACUCAGAUGCUCCACGGGGUGGCUGGGUUGUUGGUUUGAAGGGUGUGCAACCACGAGCAGCAGAUACUACUGCAGCUGGACCUCUGUUCCAACAAAGACCGUAUCCCUCCCCGGGUGCUGUUUUGAGAAAAAAUGCAGAAGUAGCAACCCAUGGCAAGAAACGCGGCGGUAUGGCUCCAAUAACAAAAAGAGGAGAUGGCAGCGAUGGACUUGGGGAGGCAGAUUAGUCUUUUGCUGAACUGAAAUUCCCGUGCAAUCAGAGUAUUUUCUGUGGUUUGGUUUCUGGAGCUGCUGAACCAUAGGUGCAAUAUGGAGGAAAUUAAGAGAAUUAUGGGCAGUCAAUUUUCAGGAAGAAACAGUGCAGCAGCUAGAUUAUAGUGAACUCACUGGACCUGAGAGGCUACAGAGCAGUGCGCUCAUGCCGUUUUGUAGAGGGCAUUCACUGUGCCCUUGGUUUGCUUGAAAUCUGUAAUUUGUAUAAGUGGAAAGAGACAGUGAUUCGGAGUUUACGUGAUGUUCAUAGAUACAAGGAAUCAAUUUUUUCUGGAGAAGUGGAGAGACGAUCACCAUUUUCAA